AUGUCUACCGCUAAGAGAAGCCCCCCUUUCAGAGCUGAGCACGUUGGCUCGUUGCUCCGUCCUGAUGAGCUUGUUCAGAAGCGUUAUGCUGUUGCCGCUGGCAAGGCUGAUGCUGCGGAGUUGAAGCCUAUUGAGGACAAGUCUGUCACUGAGGUUGUCAAGCUCCAGAAGGACUGUGGUUUCCAUGCUUACUCUAGUGGAGAGUACACCAGACACAUGUUCUGGGGUACUUUCUUCGAAGAGCUUCACGGUAUGGAAGACCGCCAACUCGGCGUCCUCAAGGGUUACGACGCCUCCAUGUUCCGCGACUACGCACCCGACGUAAAGUCCUUCCUCGAAGCAAAGGAAAUCCCUAACGCCGUCACCGUCUGCGUUGACAAAAUCCGCCACCCUGGCCACACCAGCAACGCCCGCGAGCUCGAAGUCAUGAAAGCCAACGUCCCCGAAGACGAAUGGAAGAACAUCAAAAUCACCGUCAUUUCACCCUCAUGGUACCAUUUCCGCUACCGCGCCGGAAGAGCUUUCCCCAAGGAAGUCUACGCGACCGAUGAAGAGUAUUUCGAGGACGUGGCCAAAGCCUACCAAGUCGAACUGAAACUCCUCCACGAAGCCGGCAUCAGAAACGUGCAAAUCGACGACCCAAAUCUCGCCUACUUCUGCUCUGAAGCCAUGCUGUCGGGCUGGAAAGCCGACUCGGGCAACACGAAAACCGCAGACGAAAUGUUCGACGCCUAUGUCAAAUUCUACAACGCUUGCUUUGAACGUCCUGCAGAUAUGCAUCUGGGCAUCCAUUUGUGCAGAGGAAACUACAUGGGCAGUCGUCAUUUCAGCGAAGGCGCUUACGACAACAUCGCUUCUAAAUUAUUCAAGGAUCUCAACGUCGACACCUACUACCUCGAAUACGACACCGCACGCGCCGGUGGUUUCGAGCCCUUGAAGCACCUGCCCAAGAACAAGAACGUCAUUUUGGGUGUCGUCACCAGCAAAUUCCCCGAGUUGGAGGACAAGGAGAAGAUGGUGGAGAGAGUGUACCAGGCUGCCGAUUUCAUUGCCGAGGGUAAUGGACAGAGCAGAGAGGAGGCUCUGCAGCGUGUGGGUGUUUCGCCUCAGUGCGGUUUCGCUUCUCACGCUGAGGGUAACUCGUUGGGUUAUGAGGAUAUGCGCAAGAAGUUGCAGUUGGUCAGAGGUAUCGCUGACCAGGUCUGGCCUAGCCAGCCUUGA